AUUAUGGGCGGGAAUGAAGGCACACAUUGCAUAAUUAAAAAUAAAACAUUUUAAUAACAAGUGCGCGAUGAAAGCGAGCUACCGGGCGUUGAUACGCCAGGUGCGCCGCGCCUCCACCACUGCCUCGAACGGAGCGGCCUCCGCUCCUUCAUCGGUGACCACCACCGCCACAGGUGAUAUAAAAUCUGAGCCGGCAGCACGUGCCACAUUUUUGGAGAGGAUUCAACGGGGACCGGGAUUCCAAGACUUCUUUGCAGUCAAACCAGCUUCUAGGCUGAAGCUGAAUGAGGAAGAGCAGGUGGACACCAGUGUGCCGUACCUAAAGUCCAUUGAUUUUAAUGGAAACGGCAGGAAGGUGCACUUCGAGGUCUACGGCUGCCAAAUGAACACCAAUGACACUGAGGUGGUGUUCAGUAUCCUGCAUGAAAAUGGUUACGUGAGAUGCCACGAACCCGAGGAUGCGGAUGUCAUCAUGCUGGUCACGUGUGCAGUGCGCGACGGAGCAGAGCAGAGGAUCUGGAACCGAUUGAAGCACCUGCGGGCGAUGAAAAACAAGCGGAGCUCGCGGAGACAUCCUCUCCAGCUGACCCUGCUCGGUUGCAUGGCCGAGCGGCUGAAGGAGAAGCUGCUGGAGCAGGAACAGUGUGUGGAUGUGAUCGCCGGGCCGGACAGCUACAAGGAUUUGCCCCGCCUGCUGGCCAUUUCCCGGCACUACGGAAACUCAGCCAUCAAUGUUCUCCUCUCGCUGGACGAGACUUAUGCGGAUGUAAUGCCCGUGCGGUUAAACUCAGAGUCCCCCACAGCUUUUGUCUCCAUUAUGCGGGGAUGCGACAAUAUGUGCACCUAUUGCAUAGUGCCCUUCACCCGCGGACGCGAGCGAUCCCGCCCACUGGAGUCCAUUGUGGCCGAGGUCAGAGCUCUGGAGGAGCAGGGUGUAAGGGAGGUCACCUUGCUGGGCCAGAAUGUCAACUCGUACAGAGACAGAAGUGGUCAGGAGGGGGAGGACUCCCUAAAAGCCACACCAGUGCCUGGAUUCAGCACUGUUUACAAGCCCAAAACUGGAGGCACUCCCUUUGCAGAGUUACUCCGAGCAGUGGCCCGAGCUGUUCCCGAGAUGCGCAUCCGUUUCACCUCGCCACAUCCCAAGGACUUUUCCGACGAAGUACUAAGAGUCAUUAGAGAUCACCCAAAUGUGUGCAAGCAGUUGCACUUGCCAGCGCAAUCGGGCAACACGCAAGUUCUGGAGAGAAUGCGGCGUGGUUAUAGCAGAGAGGCGUACCUGGAACUUGUGCAGCACAUCAGACGAUUCCUGCCCAACGUGGGCCUAUCCAGCGACUUUAUCUGCGGCUUUUGCGGCGAAACUGAGGACGAGUUCCAGGAUACCGUGUCCCUUAUCCAGCAAGUGCAAUACAAUGUGGCCUACUUGUUCGCCUACAGCAUGCGGGAAAAGACCACAGCCCAUCGUCGCUACAAGGAUGAUGUACCGGUUAAUGUCAAGAAUGAGCGACUGCAGCGCAUGGUGCAGGCUUUCCGAAAGGGAGCCACCCAGCUGCACCGCAAAAUGGAGGGCCAGGAGCAGCUCAUCCUCAUAGAAGGCAAAAGCAAACGGUCGGAUGCUCAUUGGUUCGGUCGCAACGAUGCCAACAUCAAGGUUAUUGUGCCUGCCAUGGAACUGCCUGUUGCAGGAGAUCUGGGAGCCAUCAGAUCCUAUGGAGUUGGUGACUUUGUGGCGGUCCGCAUUGAGGAAUCCAACUCCCAGGUGCUCAAGGGCACACCCCUCGAAUUGAGCAGCAUAACAGGGUUUCACAGCAGACACUUUAUACAAUAAAACGAACUUUAAUCGUAA